GAAACCGGGAAAAUCAGUCCCCAUCCCAUCGUCCCCAAGUCUCCGCCGGGGGGGGGGGGGGGGGGUGGGGGGCCUCCUCCGGCGGGAGCGGGAAACGGCAAAAAGUUUUCGCAAGAGGAGGGACCCAGAACUUCCCUCCCUCAGCACCCAAAUCACUAAACCCCUCCACCUCCAGGGCGAACCCUAGAGCGACCCCUUACGAAACCCUAGCGACCCCAGCCAUGGUGAUCGCGGUGGAGGGGGGCUUCGUGCACGAGGAGGAGGAUGUGGACCACCCCAUGCGCUACCUCCCCCUUGGUCGUGUCUACUCCUCGACCUCCCCAUGCCCGCUCCCCAAGAAACCCCGCGCUGCCGAGGACGGCAAGCCCCCCGUGAUCGUGUACUACCGCCGCCGCCGCAAGAAGCCGCGGGUCGAGGGGCCACCGCUCUCGCCUGCCACGGCGCCGCCGAUGCUGCGCCAGCGGAGGGACGAGGAGGAUGAGGGUACCCGGCGGAAGGGUUCUCUCAAGUACGAGCUACUAAGCCUGGGGCCAGCCCCGCCCGCAUUAGGCGGCGACAGGGUGGAGUCCGCGCAGCGGCGCUGCUUAAGGCGUAGCGGAGGUGCUGAGAGGAGGGGUUACUUCUCUGAACCCAAGAGGCGGCAGCGGCCGGGCGUGCACAAGGAGGCUGUCUCAUCGGCUGGGAGAAGAUGGUUAGAGUUGGAAAUUGAGGGUGCAGAUCCACUGGCCUUUGUGGGAUUAGCAUGCAAGGUUUUCUGGCCCCUCGAUGAUGAUUGGUACAAGGGCUCUGUCACAGGUUACAAUGAAACAAUGAAGAAACAUCUGGUAAAGUAUGAUGAUGGUGAGUCAGAGGACCUUAACCUAGCUGAUGAAAGGAUAAAGUUUUCUAUUUCAUCUGAAGAAAUGAAGUGCAGAAAUCUGAAAUUUGGAAUUUCCAAUCUGAACAAGAGGGGAUAUGAUGAGUUGCUUGCCCUUGCUGUUAGCCUGCAUGAUUACCAAGGUCUUGAUCCAGGUGAUCUUGUGUGGGCUAAACUUUCAGGUCAUGCCAUGUGGCCUGCUGUUGUGGUGAAUGAAUCAACUGUUCCUGCUAACCAGGCUUUGAAGCCAGGUCGACUAGAUCAGUCGAUACUUGUUCAAUUCUUUGGUACUCAUGAUUUUGCCAGGAUUAAGUUGAAGCAAGCAGUGCCCUUUUUGAAUGGCCUUCUUUCUUCUUUGCAUCUUAAAUGCAAGCAAGCACGCUUCCACCGAAGCUUAGAAGAAGCCAAGGAGUUCCUUUGCACACAGUUGCUUCCAGAAAGUAUGUUGCAACUACAGAAAUCCAUGGAAAAGGGUGGUUCUAAUGUUAAUUCCAAUAAGGAUGGAGUACAUUCUAGUGAUAAUUUAUCAGAAGAUAAAACAGCUCAAAGCGGAGGGGAUUAUGAUGAGAUGACUCAAAUAGAACUAGGAAAUCUUCGUGUGAGCAAGUUAGGUAGGAUAGCAACUGAUUCAGACUAUUUCCAUAACAAAAAGCACAUAUGGCCUGAAGGGUAUACUGCCUUCAGGAAAUUCAGAUCAGUGAAAGAUCCACAUGUAGUAACACUUUACAAAAUGGAGGUAUUGAGGAGUUCAGAUCUAAAAGCCCGGCCGUUAUUUAGGGUCGUAUCAGAAGAUGGAGCACAAAUUGAUGGUUCUACCCCAAAUGCAUGUUGGAAGGAGAUAUAUUGCAGAUUAAAGGAAAAACAGCGCAAUGUGGCCUCUGAGUCUGACGGAAAUGUUUGUCAGAGAUCCGGUACCUACAUGUUUGGCUUUUCAAAUCCACAAAUACGACAACUUAUUCAGGAGUUGCCCAAUGCGAGGUUGUGUUUAAAGUAUUUUGAAAAUGCUGGAGACACCUUUCGUGGUUAUAGAGCUGUUCAUGUCAAUUGGAAAGAUCUAGACUACUGUAGUGUCUGUGAUAUGGAUGAGGAAUAUGAAGACAACUUGUUCUUGCAAUGCGAUAAGUGCCGUAUGAUGGUGCAUGCCAGAUGCUAUGGUGAACUUGAACCAUUGGAUGGAGUCCUUUGGCUUUGCAAUCUGUGUCGACCUGAGGCACCUCGUGUUUCUCCACGAUGCUGUCUUUGUCCAGUAACAGGGGGCGCAAUGAAACCUACAACGGAUGGCCGCUGGGCUCAUCUUGCAUGUGCUAUAUGGAUUCCUGAAACUUGCUUAAAAGAUGUGAAGAGAAUGGAACCAAUUGAUGGAUUGAGCAGAAUCAACAAGGACCGCUGGAAACUUCUAUGCAGUAUUUGCGGAGUUGCUUAUGGAGCUUGCAUACAGUGUUCUCAUCCUACUUGUCGUGUUGCAUAUCACCCUCUUUGCGCUCGUGCUGCUGAUCUGUGUGUUGAGCUUGAAGAUGAUGACAAAAUCCACCUUAUGUUACUUGAUGAGGAUGAGGACCCAUGUAUUCGUCUUCUCUCAUACUGCAAGAAGCACAGACAACCAUCAACUGAACGUCCAUCUAUUGAAAGCAACCUUGUUAAGCCCACUGUGGUAGUUCAGACAGAUGCAAUUCCAUCAUCUGGUUGUGCAAGGACUGAGCCUUAUGAUUUCCAUGGGAGAAGGGGCCAAAAGCAACCUCAAGUUAUGGCUACUGCUUCUGUAAAACGUUUAUACGUAGAGAAUAGGCCUUAUAUUGUCAGUGGCUUCUGUCAAAAUAGAGUAGGCUAUGAUGCUACCAGUGAACCGACUCAGUCAGUUGGCUCAUUGGAUGUUGCACAGCAAGAAGUUGUUGGCAACGUGUCUUCUAUGGUUGAAAAGUAUAAAAGCAUGAAGUCUACAUUCAGGAGGAGGCUAGCUUUUGGAAAGUCAAGAAUUCAUGGAUUUGGUGUCUUUACAAAGGUGGCGCACAAAGCAGGCGACAUGAUGAUUGAGUACAUAGGAGAGCUUGUCAGGCCACCAAUAUCAGACAUUAGAGAGCGGCGUAUAUACAACUCUUUAGUGGGUGCUGGGACAUAUAUGUUCAGGAUAGAUGAUGAGCGUGUUAUAGAUGCUACAAGGGCAGGAAGCAUUGCCCAUUUAAUUAAUCAUUCUUGUGAGCCUAAUUGUUAUUCACGUGUUAUAAGUGUUCUUGGGGAUGAGCAUAUCAUCAUUUUUGCAAAGCGGGAUAUAAAUCCAUGGGAAGAGUUGACUUAUGAUUAUAGGUUUGUUUCGAGUGAUCAACGGUUGCCUUGUUAUUGCGGAUUCCCAAAAUGCCGUGGAGUUGUUAAUGAUGUUGAAGCAGAGGGGCAAUCAGCCAAAAUAAGGGUCAACAAAAGUGAAUUAUUUCACCAAUGACUAAAUUGAAGGGAACGUAUUUUGAAUUGCCUUAGGGUUGGAUAUGCUGUAUCGAGAACUCUGUGCUCCUGACAUGUGGGGCUAGCGGUAAAUUAAAAAAACAGCUUGAGGUUUCCAUGUGAGAAAUGCUAAUCAUUCUUUACUCAGCUUAGACAGAAUGCCGACGUAAUUGUACAUCUAUUCUCAUAUAGGUUUGGCAUUCCAUUUGUUAUUGCAUAAUUGGAACUUAUUUUAUGGGCAAUCAAAAUGUUCAGAGCAUUUCAUGUAA